CGGAGCUCCGUUCCGGGGGAAGGCCGGGCUUAAGGCCGCCGCUUCCCUGUCCGGCGGGGUUCGACAUGGCCGCCCCCUGCUUCUUGGGAUGGGAUUUCAGCACGCAGCAGCUGAAAGUCAUUGCUAUUGAUGAACAUCUGAGAGUCAUUUAUGAGGAUAAUGUUAAUUUUGAUAAAGACCUUUCAGAAUUUAAGACUCAAGGUGGAGCCCACGUUCACAGUGACCGACUGACAGUCACUUCUCCUGUGCUAAUGUGGGUCAAGGCUCUGGAUAUGAUUUUGGAGAAGAUGAAGUCUUCAGGAUUUAACUUCUCUCAAGUCAGAGCUUUGUCUGGUGCUGGCCAGCAACAUGGAAGUGUAUAUUGGAAGAAGGGAAGCAUCCAGAUCUUAAAGAAUGCAUCACCCGAGCUGCCUUUACAUCAGUCACUGAAGGCUUGUUUUGCUGUCAGUAACAGCCCCAUCUGGAUGGAUUCUAGCACAGCUUCGCAGUGCAGCGCUCUGGAGAAUGCUGUGGGAGGAGCACAGCGCUUAGCAAAUAUCACUGGUUCUCGAGCCUAUGAGCGUUUUACAGGAAACCAGAUAGCGAAGAUUUACAACCAGAAUCCUGAGGUCUACGCACAAACUGAGAGGAUCUCUUUAGUUAGCAGUUUUGCAGCUUCCCUUUUCCUAGGAGCUUAUGCACCCAUUGAUUACAGUGAUGGUUCUGGUAUGAAUCUGCUGCAAAUUUGGGAAAAGGUGUGGUCAGCAUCCUGCCUUGAUGCUUGUGCACCAGGGUUAGUGGAGAAACUGGGAAACCCUGUGCCAUCCCAUUCAGUUCUGGGAUCCAUUUCUCCAUAUUAUGUUCAGCGUUAUGAGUUUAGCCCAGACUGUAAAAUAGUAGCCUUUACAGGAGACAAUCCAGCAUCGUUGGCAGGGAUGAGGCUUCAAGAAGGAGAUAUUGCAAUUAGCCUUGGCACAAGUGACACAUUGUUUCUGUGGAUCCAGGAGCCAACUCCAGCCUUAGAAGGUCACAUCCUCUGCAAUCCUGUUGAUUCUCAAACAUUCAUGGCACUUUUAUGUUUUAAGAACGGCUCUCUGAUGAGAGAGAGGAUCCGAAAUGAGUGUGCUUCAGGCUCCUGGGAUGAAUUCUCCAAAGCCUUAUCAUCUACUGCUGCUGGAAACAAUGGGAACUUGGGUUUCUACUUUGACGUGAUGGAAAUCACUCCUGAAGCAGUUGGGAUUCACAGAUUCAACAGCAACAACCAAAAGGUUUUGAACUUUCCAAAGGAGGUGGAAAUACGAGCCUUGAUUGAAGGGCAGUUCAUGGCCAAGAGGAUUCAUGCUGAAAAGCUGGGGUAUAAAGUCAUGCCCAAAACAAGAAUUUUGGCUACAGGUGGAGCUUCCCAUAAUAAAAAAAUACUGCAGGUCCUGUCUGAUGUGUUCAAUGCUCCAGUGUACACUAUUGAUACCGCCAACUCUGCUUGUUUAGGAAGUGCUUACAGAGCGAUUCAUGGACUUGUAGCUGAGACAAAUGUGCCCUUGGCUGAUGUUGUGAAAUUAGCACCAGAGCCCAGAUUGGCUGUUACACCAACUGCUGGGGCUGAGGAGGCAUUUGUUUCUUUUUUCCCUUUUAGCUCUAUCGUCCACUCUUGAAAAGAUAUGCGGAGCUUGAACAGAAGGUGAUCUACAACCCAACCUCCUCUUGUCACACAAAAUAACAAGCAAACAAAAUUUAUGAGUUGGCUGCAGAGUGGACUCCCAAAGAGAUCAGAAGAGAUUUGCUCAGAAUUUAGUGGAGUUCUUUAAAUCAUUUUGUUCCUCUUUGUAGACAAAUCAUUGUUAAAUGGCUGAGUUUCAGUAUAUUGAUGGAAAAAGUUGCACUAUGAUUGAAAAUCUAAUUAAAAAAAAAAAUCAUUGUUCUGUG